AUGGUCUGUGGGUCUUUACUGUGGAGAUCGCCCUGCUUGGGGAAGUUGAGGGACCCUGCACUGCAGCCUUGGCUGCGGCGUGGGCCCCCAGCCUGCCCUGAUCUGGGAGGUUUUCCUGUGGUGACAUCCUCUGUGGUUCUUGGAACCUACCACUGGAUCAGACUCGUUUCUGGAAACUGGCCUGAAUAUCUGGGAGGAACAUUUAACUUUGAUUUUGAUGGUGUUACAGAGAUAACUCACAUUACAGCAAAGCAAGAAAAUGAAGCAUUUGUUCUCCAUAUUAAUGGAGCUAAGAUCAAUGAUGCUGGUCUUUAUUACUGUAUUAAAGUAAAACAGCUUAAUCUGGCCUUUAUUAAAGGAACAUUUCUACAAAUUAAGGGACCAGAACCAGAUAUCACUGCUGUCAUUCAGGAGCCUCCAACUGAGCCGCUAAAUCCAGGAGACCCAGUCAAUCUGCAGUGUUCAGUCUUCUUUAAGACCGAGAAGAAAACUUGUCCAGCAGAUCACAGCGUGUUCUGGUUCAAAGCCGGAUCAGAUGAUCGUCAUCCCAGUUUUCUUUAUCUUCAUGGUAACAGUGGUGAUAAAUGUGAGAGGACUCCUGAGACUAACACCACACAGAAAUGUGUCUACAGCUUCUCCAGUGAAGUUACCUCCUCUGAUGCUGGGACGUUUUACUGUGCUGUGGCCACAUGUGGAGAGAUUUUAAUUGGAAAUGGAACAAAAGUGGACAUCCAAGCAUCCAACCUGUGGGAUUUGAAGGUGUCCAACACAGUUAUUUUGCUGUUAGGUGCUGCUCUGACUGCGAGCCUCGUUGUUAUAUCUGUCCUAGUUUAUAAAAUCAAGAAGGCAACUUGUGGGUGUUGGAAAGAUGCUGUUAUGAACUGCGACAAUCAGCAAAUUCAACAGAGGAGUGAGGUCUCUGUGACGUAUGCUGCACCUACUUUCACACAGAAAAAAGCUGGCAGAGCUGAGAGAAAGAAAAUGAAAACAUCACAGAAGGACACAAUCUACUCUGAUAUCAGAGUUCUGGGAUAG